AUUACGGUGAGUCCAUGCAUCAUACGGCCAUCUUUUGACUGGACAAAAAGAAGAAAAAGAAGCUCCCUUGGCGGCUCAAGGCCAUCUUUUGAUUGGAAGAAGAAGAAGAAGGAAAAGGAGGAGGAAGAAGAAGAACUGAAGAACUCUGUCAUGAACGUAUUUUUGAAGAGACCGUUCCGAAGAGUUGGCAAUACAACUAUCACCCUGAAGGUACCAUCUUUAUGCGUUCGGUACACCAAACCUAUCCUGUUUACGACAGCCACCACCUUCAUUCUGCUGUCAGUGAUAGCGUCGAACGAGGAGGCGUUCCCCAAACUGAAAUUCGUGAUGGAAGGCCGCCAAUUGGAACCAAAGGUGCGAGGAUAUGUCGUCGAUACUGAAGGAUGUAGGAUUCCAGAUUUCGAUCCGUUCGAUGACUCUGUUAUAGACUGUUACAAACCCGUAUCUCCUUACAAAUGUGACGCGAGACCCUCAUUUAUUCAGCAGAAGGGCAAUGUCCUCCUCCUCGACACGCACAUUCUCAAGAUUCACUACAAUAUCACCCCGGAGCACUUGCGUUGCACAUACAGCAUUAUCAAGAGGAACGACUCGAUAGGCAAUUCAGACUACGUCACCGUUUACGGCGGAAGACGCAUCCUUCAAUUUGGCAGGCCCAUACGCGCGGAAUACGUCAGGGUACGGUGCAAGCACGCAGCAGCAGCUACACUUGUCGACGAUUUCUUCAUGUUUCCCGUUCUGAAAGCCGACGUGGAACACCGGUGCGAGAAUGCCAAGCCUUCCAAAGACCACAUGAAUAUCGUUUUCUUGGGCUUAGACAGUGUCUCGCGACUAAAUUCACUCCGGCAACUUCGAAAGACGAGGAAGUACCUUUACGAGAACCUGGACCCAAUAGAGCUGUACGGUUUCAACAAAGCUGGUGACAAUUCCUUCCCGAAUCAACUCGCCAUGCUCACGGGCCAGUCCGAAGCAGAAGGUAACGCGGUGUGUCGCAAGGGCUUUUACGACGACCAACAACUCAUAUGGAAGACGUACUCGCAGAUGGGAUACCGAACCAUGUUCCUCGAAGAGACUCCCAGGUUCGGGCUUUUCACCUAUCUCUGCAAAGGUUUCCAUCAGAACCCGACCGACUACUACCCACGGCCUUUCAUGAUAGCGCUGGAACUUUCGGGUGUUCAAGCCCACAAUAUAAGCUCGGGGCCCUACUGUGUUGGAUCACGCCUGCAGUCCACGAUGUACCUCGAGUACACUACGUCGCUGCUAGCACUGCUUCGAGAUCGACCUUACUUUACUUACACGUGGUUGUCGGACUUAUCGCACGACGAGCUAAAUUCGGCGGGCUACGCCGAUCAGCUCUUAAGGAAUACGUUGGAGACGCUAUCUAAUACGGGAAUCCUGAACAGGUCGCUCGUUAUACUGUUGAGCGACCACGGCCUCCGCUACGGAGCCAUUCGUGGAACACUCAUGGGGAAGUACGAAGACCGUCUUCCAUUUUCUUUCUUUCUUUUCCCGCCGUCAUUCCGAAAAGAGUACCCGGAAGUUAUGCAAAACCUUCGCAUUAACCAACACAGACUCACUACGCCCUACGAUGUUCACGCCACUUUGCUCGAACUAACAACAUUCCCGAGAACUAUGGCCGAACCCCAGUUUCCGACCGAGCGGGGCUUGAGCCUUUUGCACGAAAUUCCGCGGGAACGGACGUGCUCUUCUGCCUCCAUUCCUCCGCACUAUUGCUGUUGCAGGACGCACGAAGACAAGAGCAUAUGCAACGCUUUGGCAUGGAGUAUAGCCAAGUUUCUCGUCCGCGACGUGAACGAGAAACUGGACAAGGAUGCCCCCGGACUGUGCGAAACUCACCGACUGGUGGCUGUCCUGGACGUCCGCAAGAUAUCGACUGGCGGUGGAACCGACUACUUUCUGGUGACUGUAUCGACCACGCCAGGCGAAGUCAUCAUUGAGGGUACCGUAGGGGUUGUGGGGAACGGGAACUUCACGGUAGAUAAUAUUAGUCGGUUGACCCUGUACAGAGGCCAGUCUCACUGUGCCCGCACGAGGUUAGCAAUAAAGCUAUGUGUGUGCAAAUAGCAUCGC